AUUCACAAAACCCAGUUCCUUCCUUCCUGCGUGAAAAAGUCGACGCAGGGGAAAAACCAUCUUCGGUUGCUGGGUAUCCGUAUCGCCUCCGUUUCGGAAACCAAGGAAGCACACAACGUCGUCGUUUGGGGGAGAAACAGAGAGAAGAGAGAGAAACAGAGAGGAGAGAGAAAGCAGAGGAGUUGCGAUGGCGACGAGGAGGAGUUGGAGUGGGAGUGCGGUUGCUGCUGCCAUCUUGUUGAUCCUGUGCGUGGUACGGACUGGCCAAGCCAUCUGGGUGACGUUACCUGCCUCCGGCACGAAAUGCGUCUCGGAUGAAAUCCAGAACAACGUCGUCGUUUUGGCCGAUUAUGUCGUCAUUCCCGAUGAUCACUCCCAGACCCCCACCAUCGCCGCCAAGGUGACAUCACCGUAUGGGAACAAUCUUCAUCAAAAGGCGAACGCAACACACGGUCAGUUUGCAUUCACAACUCAUGAGGCUGGAAAUUACUUGGCAUGUUUUUGGGUUGAUGGUAACAAUCCUGGAGGUGGAGGGGUAAGUGUCAACCUUGACUGGAAAACUGGAAUUGCAGCUAAGGAUUGGGAAUCAGUAGCAAGAAAAGAGAAAAUUGAGGGUCUUGAGCUUGAGCUGCGAAAACUCGAAGGAGCAGUUGACGCCAUCCAUGAGAAUCUACUUUACCUCAAGGGCAGAGAAUCAGAGAUGAGGGACGUGAGUGAAAGAACAAAUGCCCGGGUUGCGUGGUUUAGCAUGAUGUCGUUGGCUGUCUGCAUUAUUGUUUCAACCCUUCAGUUAUGGCACUUGAAGCAUUUUUUCCAAAAGAAGAAGCUUAUUUAAGUGAUGUUACUCCAGUUUUUUUGUAGAUGAAAAAAGAUAUCGGGAAAGAAAAAUUUGAAUGUCAUGUAAUGUAAACUACGACGUCACAUACUCUCGGUUUUCUGGCUUUCCUUUCCGAAAGAGAACUGUGAAAUGCAACAAAACAGUAAUAGAUUUUAGAUGUGAACCA